AUGAAUAUGAAUAUCAAAAAGAACCCAACCAUUAUUCUUGCUCCUUUUAUCCUUUUGCGCUUUCUCUUCUUCUUCUCAUGGAUUUUCAAUAUGGCUGCAGCUGCAGCGGCAGUGGAAAACACAAAGAUUCCAGUGAAUGUGGGUGUUGUUGUUGACCUUGAUGCUCCCAGUGGGAAGACUUAUCUGAGUUGCAUCAAAAUGGCCCUCCAGGACUUUUAUGCAUCUCAUGCUCACUUCAACACCAGGCUGGUUUUGCACACCAGGAACUCCAACCAAACUGUUGUUGGUGCAGCUGCUGCAGCUCUGGAUCUGAUAAAGAAUGUAGAAGUGCAAGCAAUCCUUGGACCAGAGACAUCGAUGCAGGCCAGCUUCGUUGUCAAUCUUGGAGACGAAGCUCAUGUGCCCAUUGUAUCAUUUUCUGCAUCAAGUCCCUCCCUUGCUUCGCUUCGGAGCCCUUACUUCUUCCAAGUUACACAGACUGACUCAUACCAAGUGAAGGCCAUAAGUUCCAUUGUUAAAAAUUUUGGAUGGAGACAUGUUGUGCCGAUUUACGUGGACAAUACGUUUGGGGAGGGAGUCAUACCCUUUUUAGUUGAUGCAUUGCAAGAAGUUGAUGCUCAUGUCCCCUAUCGGAGUGUCAUCCCCCCCAUCAGCAACUGA